AUGGAGCAUGUUACAGAUCACACACUCUUGCAUGCUAUAACGUCAAUUGACCAUCGUGGCGGAACAGGUCUGGAUUUAGCCAUUUCGAGCGACGUCGAGAAGGCUCCCUUCCCAGGGGUACGAGGAAUGGCCGUCCAAUGGCGCGCACGGCCAAAACCAAAACAAGGCUUUUCACCCAAGAACGGUGUCGUGCACCCCAUGAAUCUCAACAGUGGUGGGGUUUUGGCGCAGGAAACAUCUCCAGGUGUCAGUACAUCGGUGGAAAAGCAGGAGCCUGCAGAAAAGUUUCCCUUCCCAGUACGAGGGCGUCCGUGGGAAGUAGUCGAGCCAACGAGGGAGAGUCCAAAGUCGCAAGAGACACGGCGGAUCGAUGUUCAUGAGCUGGCCGUACUGCGCGAUGCCGCUGGAGGAAUGAGCACGACACCAGACAACUAUUUGCCAAGACAAAUGAGACGUACCGAACGUGGCGACUCAAGCGAACGGUCUACAUUACGGAAAACAGAGCCGCCAAGAUACUCCAAAUAUGCGAAUGCAGCUUCUGCACCCGCCACGACUCAAGAUCACUUUCUUUCAUCAAGUUCACAGGCCAUGAUUGAGGAUUCGGAGACCGGGAUGCAUGACGACGAUAAUGAUAAUGAGGAUGCGAGGGCUGCGGCCCAGUUAAUGCGAGAGGGCGCAAAAUUCAUUGACAACAUCCAAUUUGGCCCACUACCCCCGUUCACCUUAGAAGCGCCUCCAGAACAGGAAAUGGUACCAAAGGCUUUCACGGAUUGGGCACCACCUGAGAUACCGCUCAACUUUGACAAAAUCCGUGCUGCGUGGGAGCGCAACCUCGAAGAAUUCAGAGCAGAUCAUGCUGCCUACGCUGCAGAUCAACUUGAGCGAGCUCGGAUACACAAUCAAAAGGCUGAGAAAGGUUACAUAACAGAGCGUGCGGAAGCGAAUGCGAGAGCAAUAAGACGAAGUAAUCAUGCUUGGUACAAUGCUCCAGCCAUCAGCAGCUCCAUGCCAACGGCCAAGACGCCCAACACAUUCACAUUCUCGCUCAAGAUGUGUCAGAAGAAUGCCUCAGUUACGAGGCUAUACGCGAAUAUGACGUCUCUACACGCAGAAGAAGCUGCCAACAUACCGCAUUUCAGGACAUACUAUCCGAUCCGCCGAAGCCAGCUGGUGCAAAGCGAGCGAGAUCUUCUUGUUUGGCCUGAAGCAACAGAGGGAGAUGUCUACAGCGAAAGCGACAUUGAGACGGAACUGAAAGGGCAAUUUCAUUUCCGCAUGGUUACUAGGCCGACGGAGGUGGCAUAUUUGCAGAUUGGGAGGCAGUGGCAACCAUAUGCUGAGGCAUUUCUUCGGGACCUCAAUCUCACUGAAGAGGACAUGUUACGAUUCAUUCUCGAUGAUUCGCAUGAUGAGCAUGUCAAGGUUGCGCUCAGUGAAGUCAAAUACCUGAAGGGUGAAGUACCGCCUUUGUAUCUUUUGAAGCAGAUACGACGGCAGCUUGUUCAAGCGCCUCAAAGCAGAACUAUUCGUGAACGUAUGGAAGCAUUAGCUGCCGAGGAAAACGAAAAAGGAAACUUUGAGCAGCUGAAAAGGCUGAAGUUCCAGUAUCUGGGCUUGGCAUUCUACGCAGUGUCAAGUUAUUACAGGUAUCUUGCAAACCAGCUCUGCUUCAACUUCAUGUACUGCCUAAAGGCAAGCCCUACACUAGACAUUGCGAAAUUCCUGGAUCAUCCAAGCCACAAGAAAGACGUCAUGGAAAAGCCCAGGUAUAGUGCAGCAACACAUUUCGAUUAUGCCUGCCGCAUAUGUCAUGUGUACCCUUGUUACGUCCACGGCCUGGAAUCAAUUUGGGAUUAUCAAGCGCCAGAUCUGCACACGAACGAGGACGACAGUGACCAUAGCGGGCAACCGUCUGUGGAAGAUGAGCUAUGUCCUAUAUUCGACACUCUCACCAGCAUACACCGCCAAACGCUUGGUCGUCGACCCGUUCAAGCAUCAUCCAAACGAUGCAGGCCUCCCAAAGACAUAGAAUUUUCAGAGAGGACAUUGUAUGGCGAUCCGAAUUCGAAAGGCAUAACCAGAGUGUUUUUCCCUUGCAAUCACCUCGGACCAUGUGAGGUAGGCAUUUGCCACUGCGUGGAUCGCGAAGAAGGUAACAGCAGCCAGCAACACUACUGCGAGAAGUCCUGUGGUUGUGAUCCAUCGUGCAGGCUGCGAUUCAAGGGAUGUAAAUGUGCACGCAAAGGGAAAAUCUGCUCAGAUGAAUCCAAAUGCGCGUGUUUAAGGGCGGGCAGAGAAUGCGACCCCGAUCUAUGUGGGGUCUGCGGUGUAUACGAGGUCCUUGACCCUCAAAAUCACAAUAUCGAAGAUAUUGCGUUCUUUAAGGACAGGUGUCAGAAUUGCCAGAUCCAACGCAAUAUACCGAAGCGGACGCUGAUUGGCGAAUCAACUACGCAUGGUAUUGGCCUGUUCAGUGGCGAGGACAUCAAGAAAGGCGAAUAUAUCGGGGAGUAUCUUGGAGCCAAACUCAACUGGAAACAGGCUGAACGCAGCGGUCUUUACUUCCUGUUUAACGGAUACAGCUAUCUAUUUGACAUGACGGGUGACCAAACUGUCGACGCAAUGGUCUUGGGAAACAAACAGCGCUUCAUCAACAGCAUCCCGAACAAGUGGAAUUGUGCUCCCAGAGUCCUCAUGUGCAAUACUGAGCAUCGCAUGGGCCUGUUUGCUACGAAGGACGUGGCCGCAGGUGAAGAAUUAAGUUUCAACUAUGGUGAUCCAUUCUUCCACAACCAUGCCAUUCAAGCGAAACGGAAGGCAGAGCGAGAAAAGCAGAAAACAACGGCGGGCGUGAAGAAAAACGCACGAGGGUCGAACAAGAAGAGGAUCAAGACAAAAGACAUGGAGAAGGCGGAGAUGCCGGCCACUCCAAGGACCAAAAGAUCUGCUUCCACUAUUCGCAAGAUGGUAGAUGAGGUGCUCAGUGAGGCAUCACUUCGUACCAGUACGACGCCUGACCUGCAAUCCUCUGCUGAACGAAUGAGCGUUGAGACGGAUGAUGAGAUGGAUUAUGACUUUGUAGAUCGAGAUGAGAUGGUUGAGGAUAGUGGGGAGGAGCCGGAUAGCGACGAUUCGAGGACGAGGCCGCUACAGUUCGUUUCCAGAACUCGCAGAGGACAGAGGAGGUAGGAACCUGUGGAUGUAUUAUCGACCCACGAAAGCAACCAAAAAAGACCCAAGCGAGUGCGAUUCACAAGUAGUUACAUGCUAAUUGAAAAAUCAGCUCCAUGAAUACGUGGGCUUAAGG